AUGAAAUUGCUGUUGUGUCCGCACAGGAGCGGGGGAAGCGCAGAGGGGGACCUCCGAGUGAAGAUGCGAGCUCGGGGGAUAGGACGGGGAGGUGACCACACGAAGGGGUGCAACACCGGUUGGAGCAGGAGAGAUGCAAAGGAGGAUCCACACCAAAUGGGGGGAAGUGACUCUACUACCCGGUCGAAUCAUCUCCCCAUCGAGAGAACAGCAGUGGAGGAGAUACAAAGUUCCCCCCAUCAUCACCCAGUCGAAGGAGUUAAAAACUGUUUCGCCCAUUUCGAUUUCGCAGACACAUUUAUGCGUCACAGCAACGGAGUGGAGCGUCAGAUGGAGGAAUCGCGCAACCCCCCAUUUAGGGGCACUUGUGUGUAUGCCAUCCCUCUGAUAUGUUACCACCAAAGGGAGACGAAUAAAUGGAGUUGUUCCACAGAAGGGGAUCCACUAAUAAGUAGCGCUGAUCUGCCAACUGGGGGGGAAAAAGGACCGUCCAUCCUGAGGGGCAACAGUUGCCAAAUGGGUAACCCCCCUGCUAGUGUGAUGGACAGGGUUAGAAGCAAAGUAGAAUGUAGGAAAAAAGGGAGAAAAAAAUUGGCGUUCAUAGACCAAGUCAUUUUGCGUCAUUCGAAGUGCUCCUGGUGUCCGUUUUUGAAGAAGGUGAAUAGAACCUAUAGAUGCACUAGGAAAAGUGGUGCCAUGUGCAGCGGUGUUGGCGGUUGUCACUUUGAUGCGUGCAUCAUUGGGAGGGAUAACCAGCAAAAGGACAAAGCGUCCCCUCGUAGGGAAGAGGGUCUUGCGAAGAGGGGUAUUUUACGUGGAGAACACAGCAAAAGGAGGGGGAUUCAGAAGAAAGUAGGUCUGCGUGUUCAGUGGGAGGAUGGGAAAGAAGCCUACCUUUUUCAGGAUGGUUCGUCUGGCGUAGAUAAGGGAGAGGACUGUCAUGGCAACUCAGAUGAUUCAUCGGAUUCAGCACAGUUUCGCUUGGACGGUGGGGAGGAGAAGGGAAAAGAAGCAUUCACCCCUGGAGAAGCUUCCCUCCAAAGAAACAGCACUCGAAGUGGAGAAGAAACCAUGGAGGAUGCCUGUGGAACACGCUUUGGAAGAGGAGGACCUCCGCAGCGAAGCAAUAUCGGAGAGUGCACGUGCAGCGAAGUGGACGCAUACAUGGAUGUGUUCAGAGAAACUUUGGAGAAUUCCACCUUUAUAGACGACAUAACAGAUUUGCAGCCAAUCCAUUUGGCAACCAAAGAAGGAAACAUGGAAUUAGUGAAAAGAAUGAUAAAAUCAGGAACUUACAUAAAUAGUAAAACGAAGAUAAGGAAGUUCACUCCAUUGCAUCUAUCGGCAUCGAAGGGGGAUCUAGAUUCUGUUAAAUUUUUAAUAGAAAAUGAUGCAGAUGUGAACGCUCUUUCAUGUGAUAACGAAACACCUUUGUGGUGUGCCUCCAUGUCAAACCAUCUGGAUGUUUGUAAAUAUUUUCUAACCCAUGGUGCGUUGCCUAAUUUGACCACAGGGAGAAGGAAGUACGACUCUCCCUUACACGCAGCGUCUAUGAUGGGAAAUUUUGAGGUGGUAAAAUUGUUGAUUGAAUAUGGGGCCGAUGUAAGUUGUCUAGACGCCAACCAAUUAGAACCAGUACACUAUGCGUCGUUUGAAGGACACAAGGGAAUUGUAAAACACCUCCUUUGGCAACAAAUCAGAAAUUCUGUUCAUACAAAAAUGAAAGAGGUUGUUAAGGCUAUGCACAAAUAUGGGGUCUACUCCCAAAAGUUAGAACAAUUCUACUUGCUAAAAUUUAAGGCGUUUUAUAAAAAAAGGAUCACCAGUAAAAUAUUAUGUUGUGCUAUUACUUCAGGGAAGGAUAAAAUUGUUGACAUAAUUUUGAGGAGAGGUGCUGACCCGAAUUACUUCGACGUCCGAUUGCAGUUGUUCCCCAUCCAUGCUGCUUCCAUCACAGGGAAUUUAAGAAUAUUUAAAAGUUUAGUCCGAAGAGGUGCGAACAUUUAUGCGAAAACGGGGUGUAACAAUUCAGCAAUGGACUUAACUGAAGACGUGGAGAUUAAACGAUACAUUUUGCAGCAUUCCAGAAAAAUUAACUUGAGAAAUGCUUGGCUGGUCAGACGACGGAAGAGCGCAGACGUGUUGUCCCGCCUUUCCCCAGACGCCUUUUACUACGUGUGCACAUUUCUCUGA